AAAAAUAUCAAGCAGCCACCGCCGGACGACCUUUCUUAUUUGGACCAAGUUGGAAACGGAGAGCCUCUAUUUUUCUAAAUAUGAUUUAUUAAAAGGUUGUUUUAAAGAACUCACACGUAUUCAAAUUAUUUGGAUUAAGAAAUGUUUCGUAUAUCAGUUACAGUUUGUGGUCGGCAUAUUGGUAAAAGGGUGAGUAUUAUUAAGCUGGCUUCAUCUUUCUCUGGAGAGUACACUCUACCCCCAAAUUUACUCAUCCCUUCCAAUCUCGUGGACCCUGCAAGAACAAGGAGGCCCCCUCCUCCAUCAGACUCCGGUCUUCCUGUGUUGAGAAGGUGCGAAGCUGCUGUUCCUAUACAUCUGAGCCCUGUACGGACAUGGGUGGAGACGUUGGGGAAGCGGGACAGCGAGCCCUUGGGUUUGGUUGACCUCCACCCUGAUAUCUUUGCAGUCCCUGCCAGGGUUGACAUACUGCAUGAUGUUGAAAUGUGGCAGAGGAGCUUCAAGCGAAUUAGUUACGCCCACACAAAGGUCAGAUCCGAGGUGAGAGGCGGGGGGAGAAAACCUUGGAAGCAGAAGGGAAGCGGGAGAGCCAGGCAUGGGAGCAUCAGGUCCCCUCUAUGGAGAGGAGGUGGUGUUUCUCACGGACCCAGAGGACCAACCAGUUAUUACUACAUGUUGCCUAUGAAGAUACGUGUUCAAGGACUUAAGAUUGCCCUUAGCUCCAAACUGGCCCAGGAUUAUCUUCAUGUGGUUGACACUCUGAACAUCCCAACACCUGACCCAGAGUACCUAAUGGACCUCAUCAGAUUCAGAUACUGGGGCGAGUCUGUUUUGAUAGUUGAUGCGUGUGAAGAGUUUCCAGAGAACAUCCUUCAGGCCACAGAAAGCCUGAAGACUGUGAAUGUCAUUCCGGCCAUAGGGUUGAAUGUUCACAGCAUGCUAAAACACGAGGUCCUGGUUCUCACCCUGGAGGCAGUGAAGUUUCUGGAAAACAAACUGCUUUGGCACAACGAACGCUUCUCACCGCUAUACCCAUUCAAACUCCCCUACACUGACUUGCCUUGAAAGCACUUGCUGAAGUGAUAGCAUCAUGUAAAUAUUUCAAUUGAUCCAUAAGGUUGUCAUGUCUUUAAUGUUUAAUAAAAACCUGGAAUAAAUA